AUGAACACCUCAACCUUUGACGCGUUCAUCACCCAUGAACAGUCCCAAAUCCACAUCACGCCCCCAGCCAAAGCCGCCAGCGCUGGAGGAGGAGGAGGCGCGCCGCUGCUCCACGUCGACUCCAACAGAACGACGCGCGCUCCUGAGUCGAUUCACCUCCACCACCUCUCCAAACACCCUUCGUCAAUCCGAAAUGAGCCACCCGCGACGGCUCUGGAGUCCAACCGCCCUUCGGGGGGCUUCUCCCGCGACGACGCCGCCGCCGAGUCCGCCGAGCCCACCCAGAGCGUGCUGACCCCUUACAUGAACCGCUGGCGCUUCCUCGCCGCGUGCCUGAUGAAUAUGGGCAACGGGAUCAACGACGGCGCGCCGGGCGCUCUGAUCCCGUACAUGGAGAAGUACUACGACAUAGGAUACGCCGUGGUCUCGCUCAUCUUCAUCGGCAACGCCCUCGGCUUCAUAACAGCAGCCUUCUUCGUAGACGCCCUCCGCGCCCGCCUCUCCCGCGCGCACCUCAUGAUCGCGGCCCAGGCCUGCCUGCUGGCAGCCUACAUCCCCCUCGUCGCCGGCGCCCCCUUCCCCGUCAUCGUGCUCUCCUUCUUCCUCCUCGGCUUCGGCAUGGCCACCAACCUCACCCUGAACACCCUCUUCUGCGGCUCCCUCCGCAACGGCACCACCGCCCUCGGCGCCCUGCACGGCGCCUACGGCCUGGGCGGCACCAUCGGCCCCAUCCUCGCCACCGCCAUGGUCUCCUCCAUCGGCUGGGGCCUGUGGUUCAGGUUCUAUCUCAUCCCCAUGGCCCUCGCCGCCUUCAGCCUCGUCUUCUCCGCGUGGUCGUUCGCACGCUACGAGAACGACAACCCCGCCGCCGCCGAGAACGACCCCGCAGACGAACGGCGCCCGACGGCCAAGGCCCGCCUGGUCUCCAUGUUCCACGCCCUGCGCCGUCGCCUCGUCUUCCUCGGCGCCCUCUUCGUCUUCGCGUACCAGGGCGCCGAGGUCUCCAUCUCGGGCUGGGUCAUCUCCUUCCUCGUGGACUCGCGCCAGGUCGCGAACCCGGAGGCCGUCGGCUACGUGACGGCGGGUUUCUGGGCGGGCAUCACCGUCGGCCGCUUCCUGCUCUCGGGCCUGGGCCAGCGCGUCGGCGAGAAGCUGUUCGUGUACGUCAUGACGGCCGGCGCGGCGUGCUUCCAGCUGCUGGUGUGGUUCGUGCCGAACAUCGUGGGGAACGCGGUGUCGCUGGCGAUCGUGGGUCUGCUGCUGGGGCCGAUCUACCCGUGCGCCGCGACGGUGUUUCUGAGGGGCAUGUCGAGCAAGAGCCGGACGAGCGGGAUCGCGAUCAUCACGGCGUUCGGGAGCAGCGGAGGGGCGUUGGCGCCCUUUACGACGGGAAUGAUUGCGCAGGCGAGCGGUACGUGGGUUCUUCACCCCAUUGCGCUCGCGUUGUUUGCCGCCAUGAUCGGGUGCUGGGUUUUCCUUUCUUCUCGGUCCAAGAGAGAGGAUUAA